AUGCAAUCUCUUAAUUUAGUGAAUUUUUUUCUCUUAUUUCUUGUCUGCUCUUUAUCUUUGCUAUACCGCGCUUUCUCGUUCGUUUUGUCUUUCUUCUUUUUCCAUCUACAACAUAUUAGACAUUCUUGUCUAAACCAUUUCUUUCUUCCUUGUUCUUUUAAUAUUGUUUUUAUUUAUCGUUUUUCAUUUAUUUUUCCUUCUACUUUCCUCCAUUCUCUGUCACAGCUUAAUUUUUCUUGUUCCCAAUCUCUUUGUCACUCUCUUUCUUUAUCUCUCUCUCUCUCUCUCUCUCUCUCUCUCUUUCACUCUUUCUCUCUUUCUUUCAUCUAUUCUACACUUUUCAUCUUGUCUAUCUCAAUUUUUUUUCUUACUGAUCGCUAUUUUUCUCUUUCUUUCUUUCUUUCUUUCUUUCUUUCUUUCUUUCUUUUCUCUCUCUCUCUCUCUCUCUCUCUCUCUCUCUCUCUCGCUUACAUUUAUUAUUUGCUUUUAAUCUUCCAAUACCUAUUUUUCUCUUUCUGUUUCAUUUUUGCUUUAUUCUCUCUCUCUCUCUCUCUCUCUCUCUCUCUCUCUCUCUCUCUCUCAUCUUCUCCCUUUUCUUCUUUCUAUCGUGUCUCGCUUAGCGUUUCACUUUUCUUUCUCAUCGACUAUCUACCCACCUCUAAAUUCUCUCCCCCCAUUUACUCUUCCCCCCGCUUCAUCUUCCUCUCUUCGUAA